GGAACGGCAGGCACCGCACUUCCGUUGCCCAUGACGCCGGAUCCAAGUUGUGACAGCUGAGUGUCCAUGUCAGUGCGAGUCCGCCGGGAGCCUCCAGGUCCUGUGUGUGUGUGAGAGAUCCAGAGUCCGACGCGCCUGCGCCCGUCCCCGGCCUCAGACGGCGCCUCGAACACGGGAGGGCGGGUUGAUUAUGGUGUAGCACGGAGCGCUAGCUCUGAGACAGCAGGACUUUGAGCAGCAGACCGAGGCAGACCACAACGGCGUAGCCAUGCUUACACUGGCCAGUAAACUGAAGAGGGAGGAUGGAGGAAAGACGGGACGUGCCUCUGGAGCCUCCGACUCCACCCACAGAAUCUCCAUCAGAGACCGCCUCCUUACCAAAGAAGUUGCAGAGCUUGAAACCAAUCUGCCCAGUACAUGCAAAGCCAGUUUCCCCGAUGAAGACCAGCUGCAUCAUUUUCAGCUGGCCGUGUCUCCUGACGAAGGUUACUACCAAAGUGGACGGUUUCAGUUUGAAAUCAACGUUCCCGAAGCCUACAACAUGGUGCCUCCUAAAGUCAGAUGUCUAACCAGAAUAUGGCAUCCUAACAUCACAGAGAAUGGAGAGAUCUGUUUGAGCUUAUUGCGGGAACACUCUAUUGAUGGCACAGGCUGGGCCCCCACAAGAACAUUAAAGGACGUUGUCUGGGGAUUGAACUCCUUGUUUACUGACCUGUUGAACUUUGAUGACCCGUUGAACAUCGAUGCGGCGGAACAUCAUCUGAAGGACAAGGAGGAUUUCCGGACCAAGGUUCAAGAUUACAUCAAACGCUACGCCAGAUGAUAGAAGCACCAACAUCUGCCUGCAACAAUCAACCAAACUACUCUACCUUGCCUCUGCUUAACUUGGCCAACUUCCUGAUGUGUGUGUGACAGCUGAUUAUGUGACAGUCACGACUCCCCCCCCUCGACACCUCGCCCGCCUGUGCCCGUCUCUGUUCACCCGAUUGCAAUAAUCACCAUCUUGUAGGAACUAAUAGAAAAAAUUAGAAAAAAAGAUGUGUGGCUACGAAAAGGCUUGCAUACAAAAGAAGUUUUUCCUUUCAUUAUCUUAAAGAGUUGAGUUUCACAAUGACCACGAUGUCUUCAUCUGGCAAGACGACCAGUCGGAAAUGAGCCAAUGGCAACGAGCGGGACCCGAUGGGAAGAUUCACUGGCGAAAAAAAAAAAAAAAAAAAAAAAACAUACAUGAAGCUAUUUUAAAAUUUGAUGACUCAUGAGAAAGAAUUUGCUACUAUCAAUUCUCUGUUUCAGUGCCUGCCAUGUUUGUGUUGCUAAAGAGAAAAUGCGUGUGAGUUCACAAGCACGCACACACACACACACACACACACACACACACACACACACACACACACACACGGCAAAACACACAGACAGACACUGUCGCAUUCUGUGGUAAGACGUGAAUAUAUGUACAUGCAUUUCUUGUCUGUUAAACACACACACACAGUUAAGUUGAACAGCCCCCCUGCCCCACUCGACAGCAUGUGAAUGACCACAUUGUCCUGUUGAGUUGUUAUUCUCACAAGUACACACACACACACACACACACACGCACACACUACAGACAUAGAUACAUACAAUUAUUUUGUAUUUUCAGCCCCAGUGGGAUAAAGUACUAUUACUAAAACCACAGCCAAAUGUAUUGUACUAUUUUCAGCCAUCAUCUCUUUUCCCUAUUCUCCUUUACAGUUUUUUGUCUUUCCUCCACCCCACCAUAUUUCAGUUUCACUCACACACAAACACACACACACAGGUUCCUUUUCUCAUUGAGGUUUGUAGCGUUGUACCCAAGAACUUUGGGUUUUAAACUGACUCUGGGGUUAAAGUACUGAUUUGGGUUUAAAGGUGCUUUUUGUUUGGCUGCUGGUCGGCAGCCAACGUUGGCAGCAGCCGUUAACUUUACCCGUCUGGCACAAACGUUUAAAGUUCACAUUUCCCUUCGCAAUAGAAAUGUUGUUUCGUUCCUAUUGCUAUCAUUUCUUUCCGUCUGCCAAAGUUGGGAAGCCGGCCCGACCCAACCCUGUCACAGGCUGUCACGUCACUUUGCAUUACCGAGGCCCUGUAGCAUCCAGUGUGUCCUGGAGAAGGAGCUCCUCUGCUCAGAGGGCACAUCAUAACCUUUUGUCUUAUAAACAUAACAUUUACUGAAGCUCUUGGCAAGCGACCAUCAGCACCACCCACUCCUGACAAGAAACAACAUUCGCUGGCAGAGGAAACUUACCAACAGAACUUUUAAUUUGACAUCUAUCACAAAUUAACAGUUCUGGAAUUGUGAGUCCCCCCCCACGUUUCAUGAACACAAUGUAAUACUGCAUGUGAACAUGAGUUUUAAGCAGCAAUAAUCCCUUAUUAUAUAACAAUAUUGUAUCACAUUAAAAUAAGAAAACAGAUCGUAGAAUUGUCAGUGAGGUCUGCAGCUCUGGGAGCUUUUCUCCCUCGGCAGCACUUAAUCAAGUCGAUAUGGAAGAUACACACUGUCAACCUGGAAGUGGGCAGUGUCAUUGUGCUGCAGUAUGAACUGAAACCAUGCACUGUCUCCAGACGUUAUGAAAUCACUGUACAUGUCCUCUCAUUCUAUGUCUGUCUAGAAAGAUCAUACUUGUGUGCGUUUGUGUUUGUGUGUGUGUGUGCGUGUCUGUGUGGUUGGCUCGGCCCUGGCUCUCUGAGUUGUACCUGCUCCUCUCGACCUGUCACUCCAUUCAGCUCACACGUCUGCAUGAGGCAAAGUCUGUGUAAUCUGCCAGAGGUGCGUUUUUUACUGAGGAUGUCAGAAACUAAUUGUUAAGGUUUGAACUCUUAAGCUGGAGAUGUGUAGAGACCGAACAUUUGUGCUUGUACCGCGAGUGUGUGUUGUGUGUGUGUGAGCCUCAGUAAGACGUGUUGGAAAGAUGUGACUUGUUAGCAUGCUCUGGUUUCCUCUGGCUCCCUCUUUCAUUUCUGUUAUUCUGGCUCAUUGGUCAACGGCUCACAGGAUUUUAGUUUUCGUGGUGAAAGUGAACAGAUCAACAGACGUCGCCGGCCUCUAAUAAAGCAGCUGAUAGUUCUGUUGAUGUUGACACACGGGCGUUCCAUGGCGGUUUGCCCACAUGCUUCUGGUCCACACAAUCCUCCAAGGCGAAUGCUGCUUCCUAUUUAUUUGAAGCCAUCCUGUUUAAUUGCAGCGACAGCUUAUUGCCUCCAGGGCACGGUGGCCCAACACUCUUUAUCCUAGCCUUACUAAUGCUCUGACUUCCGCUUCCUUUAGUUUGGCAGUCAGCGAAGUUGAUAUGGUCCCAGGAUGCUGCUGCUGGGAAAUGUCUCUGCUUGGGCUAACUCCGUCUCUAUGUCCAGUGGAGAAGAUGCACCACCGGCUCUUCUCCAAAACCCUCAACCUUUAUUCUUUCUCAGAUUGUAUAUCCAUUUUUUAAGAUAUAUUAAAGAGAAUAUGAAUAAAAACAAUGUGGCUUGUUUUA